AUGCUCGCGGUGGUCGCGACGCGCGUCUCCGCGCCGUCGCCGCCGCGCGAUGGCGCAUCGCGCGCGGGUCUCCGCGGAAGGCGCCGCGCGCGCGUCGACGUCUUUCGGACGCGACCGCGUCGGCACCGAAAGAUUUACGACGACGACGACGCGUCGUCGGUCGUCCUCCGCGGUCGCGCGCCGCGUCGCCGCCGCGCCUCCGUCGUCGCCGCGGCCGCGACCGCGGAGACGACGGAGACGGAGACGACGACGCGACCGCGCGCGCCGCUCGUGGAGGUGAGCUCGGGCGGGCAGCAGCGGAGGCGAUGGGCGGUCGGGAAGGAUGGGCGAUUCGAGCGCCUUCCGCCGCAGCGCGCGGAGUGCGACGACGCGUCCGCCGCGUCGACGUCGACGUCCUCCUCCUCCUCCGCGUGGGACCCGCGUAAGUCCCCGCGUCUGCGCGCGGUGUUCCUCCCCGCGGGGUACCCGGACACCGUCUCGAGCGACUACGCGACGUUCAUCCGCUGGCACCUCGCGUCGCUCAUGUUUCGCAACGUCCUCGAGGUGCUCACGUCGCAGUCUCUCCUCGUCGCGCUCGGGAUGGGGUCCACCCCCGGCGCGCUCCCGCUCGCGGCCGCCACGAAGUGGGUCCUGAAGGACGGCGUCGGGUCGUUCGCGACGCUCCUCGCGGGCGUGUUCGGCGGGCAGAAGUACGACGAAGAUCCGAAGCGGUGGUGGGCGGUGACGAACUCUCUCGAGGACGUCGCGAGGGUGCUCGAGCUCGUGACGCCGGCGUACCCGGCGCUCUUCCUGCCGCUCGCCGCGAGCGCGACGUUCGUGCGCGCGGGCGCGCUGACCGGCCGCGGCAGCCUGAUCAACGGCACGUUCAUGCAGCACCUCGGACGGAACCAAAACUUUGGCGACGUGCGCGCGAAGAUGGAGGCGCUCGGGAUCGCCAUCUUCCGCGGCGUCUCCGGCGCGUUCGGCGCGGACGCCGCCGCGAUGGCGGCCGAGGGCGGCGAGACCGCGAUGAGCGAGCUGACGAGGUACGGCGGCGUGUUCGGAGCGUACGGCGCGGUGCUGUCGUCGCACUUGUUUUGCUGCUGGAAAGCCGCCGACGUGCUGCGGUUCGACGCGUUAAAUCGUCAUCGUCUCACGCGCGCGGCGGAGGAGUACGUCAGAGGAGGGAGAGAGGCUGUGUUGAGCGUGGAGGACGCGGGCGAGAGAGAGGGCGUGUACCGCGCGCGCGUCACCGCGAGCACGCCCACGCUGGGCGCGAGCGUGGAGGACGCGGCGAGGGAUUGGGACGAUUUGCUGCGGUUCGCGAAGGCGUCCGAGGCGAACGCGCCGCGGCUCGGCGGCGCGAGGGCGAUGAACGACGAGGACGAGGACGAGGACGACGACGACGACGACGCGCGCGGCGUCGGCGUCCUCCGACGGCGGUUCGUGAUCGGGUGGGACGCGCGCAGGCGCGUGCCCGCGGUGAUGCUCGACGCGGCGGCGACGCCGCGGGAUAUCAUCGAGGCGGCGUUGGCGGCGGCGCGCGCGGGGGCGGCGACGACGGCGGCGGCGGCGGCGGCGGCGACAGACGCCGCGGCGGCGGAGGCGUACCGAUACGCGGAUGAGAACGUGGACGCGUUCUCGGACGCGAUGGAGGAGAAGGGGUGGAAGAUCGACUUCGUGCAGAUGGGAACCGCGCCGCGGUACCGUCUCGGCGGGUUAUCGUAG